GCAGGACACUAAGGUACACGUGCAUUCUUCCUCCUACAAAUAUAGCCCUACGCCCACACCACGAUCCCAUCCCCAUCCCCAUCUCCCUCCCUCUCCAUCAUCUCCUUUCUCGCCGGGCGCCGGACGGCUGCCCCCGCAGGCUUCGCGGCCAUGAAGCUUCCUCCGGCUGUUGCGUGUCUUCUCCUCCUCGUCGUCGUCUUUGCUGCUGCACGUGUGGAGGCCCGAGGCACACCUUCUUCAAAGCGGUCGAAGAACCAAUGGUCCAGCAUGUUUGUCUUCGGCGACGACUUUGUCGACAACGGCAAUGUUCCAAACAACAUUGGUGAAAAGACAUCACGUCAAUGGAGCUACCAAUACGGCUCCUAUCUCAACACUCAUUAUGCUACGUCUCCUGUUUUGGCCGGGCGCUUCUCCAACUACAGGAUGCAAUCAGAUUUUAUCGCAAGGAUGUUGGGCCUCAAUGAAGCCCCUCCAGCGUACGAGCUCACAUCAGAUCAAUCUUCUGACUCAUCUGGCAUGACCUUUGCUUUUGGGGGCGCUGGUGUCUUCAAGGUGAAGACCAAGAAGGUGCCGACCCUUGCCGCACAGGUACAAACUUUCAAGAGGCUUGUCAACGACGGGGUCAUCUCAACACAUCAGCUUCACCACUCCGUCGCGCUCAUUGCCAUCUCCGGCAAUGACUACAUGAGCGACUCCGACAUUGAGACCGGCUUCCACACAAGCUUCGAUGAUCUCGACACUUACAUCGGAAACGUGGCGACUGAGAUCCUAGAUAACGUGGCACAACUUCAGAUGCUUGGGGUGAGAAAAGUGCUAGUAAACAAUUUGCAUCCCAUUGGUUGCACGCCUUUGCAUACUAGUUCGAACAACUACACCACAUGCGACCUUCUUGGCAAUUAUGGCGCGUCCGUCCACAACAAGUAUCUAAAGCAAAUGCUUGACGAAAGGGAUGACGUUCACAUUCUGGACCUCUACUCAGCCUUCACUGACAUCGUCAAUCACGCCCCUGGUGGAGGAUCGGAUCAGUCCAAGGAUUUUGAUGGCAAGCUGACCCCAUGCUGCGAGAGUACCGAUGAGGGAGGGUUCUGUGGAGAGCGUAGCCAUUCAGGGAAGCGCCUGUACGACCUAUGCGAAAAUCCCGACAAGACGUUCUACUGGGACCAGACACACCCAACACAUGCUGGGUGGGAGGCUGUAAUGAAGGCGCUGCAACAGCCUUUGACGGAGUUUCUCGAUGAGGACUACAUUGCAUAAUGCAUCAGCUUGAUGGCUAGCUAGUUGGCGCAAUAUCUUUUAGGUUAGCUGUUAUAAAUAGGAUGCGAGUUUAGGAAGAAGGCUGUGAGUUUUUUCUACUUGUGUUUUGAUGGAGUUUUAGUCUAGUACAGUACUCAUGAAUAUUAUAGAUUAAACAUGAACGGGUGUUAAUUUUGCUUAUUA